CUUCAUCAGUUACAACUUGGAAAGCAACAAGCAAGUUUCAACAUGAGCUUCAAAGUAACUUCCUUUUUCCUGCUGACCACAGCAUUGGUUGGUCUCGUCGCCUCCAUUGACUACUGUGCCUUGCCCACUUGCCUUGAUAAGCAUAUUGCCUGCAACAACAAAGGAAACUUUAGCGAAGACUGCCCCAAGGAUGUGCGAGAAGUGAACAUUCAACCACAUGAGAAGCUCAUCCUAACCCUUUUCAAUGAACUGCGCAACAACGUAGCUGGUGGUAAUAUUGAGGGACUUCCUAAAGCUGUCCGUAUGGCCAAAAUGACUUGGUGCGAGGAACUCACCCAUCUGGCCCUCUUCAAUGUGAAGACCUGCCAGUCGUUGCCCGACAAGUGCCGCAGCACGGAGCGCUUUGCCUAUGCUGGCCAGAACAAUGCCAUCUUCAGUUACAGUGGCGCCGAGUCGGAGUACACAGAUGCGGAGAUCAUCAAGGAGCAGAUUGAGAAAUGGUUCGCUGAGCGUGCGAAUGCUUCCCCCGAGAUCCUGGCUAGUUUCCCCGAGGAGUUGACCAACAAGAAUGUGGCCAAGUUUACCAUUGCCGUUGCUGAGAAGAAUACCCAUUUGGGCUGUGCCGCUGUGCGUUUCUCUAGGGAUUUCUAUAACCAUUUUGUGUUCACUUGCAACUUUGCCACCACAAAUGUGAUUGGACAGCCUGUGUACACUCCUGGCGAUAAGGCCACCACUGGAUGCAGGAAUCGCUAUGGCGCCGCCUUCGAUUUUCCCAAUCUGUGCUAUGCCAAAGAAAUCUACGACAACGAUAAGGUUGUGGCCGACAUCAGGUUGUUCUAAUGGAUGUCAUUUAACUGUGGAAUAAUGCUGGUCACCGAUUUUGUAAUAUUGAAGCCUAAUUGAUUAUAAUAAAGAAUGCAAACAUUUAUUUGCCAGUGGCAAUGAUUAAAUUAAA